AUGGAAACAACGACGUUAUUAACGUUACCGUACAACAAACAAUACAUCAGCCAAAACUACAAUAAUAGCUCACAAAGUGUUUUUGUGCGUUGGCAAAUUUUUCACACAUAUUUCGUUUAUUUCUUAUGUUCAGAAAUAGUAAUCAUCAUUCCGACGGUUUUCGGGAACGCUCUUAUCCUAACGAGCAUAGCGAAGUUCAGACGCCUCAGAACAGACAUGCAUAUCCUGGUGGCAAAUCUGGCCGUGUCCGAUCUGCUUGUGGGCAUUGUGCUGAUUCCAACGGAUAUGAUUUUUCUGUGUAUACAAGAUCAACUGUAUGGAGCAGAUACAAAAUAUCUGUGUCUUGCAACGUUUGGUUUGAACAUCACACUCCUGUUCUCCUCCGUGUUCAACCUCUGCCUUAUUUCCAUAGAACGGUAUAUAGUCAUCGUACAUCCGUUGUCUUACUCACAGAGGUGUUCUUGGUAUCGCCUAAGCAGGGUAAUAGCAGGAAGCUGGGUCAUCGCUUUUACGAUUGGGCUUUUACCCAUGAUGGGAUGGAAUAACUGGCAGUCUUCCUUGCCCUGUGAUGGUGAAUUUGUAUUGCCAUUAUCGUUUAGAGCAAUGUUGAAUUCCUUACUGGCGAUUGUCCUUCUUCUAAAUACCGUUAUGUACAUAAUCGUCGUCCGCACAGCCUGGAAACAGAUGGACAGAGUAGCAAUGGAAUUAAGACACAACAGCGACCACUUUGGGCCAAAACAAAGAACACUGAAGCGAGAUUUUAGAAAAACCAAAGUGAUGAUAUUAAUAUUAGGCGUAUUUAGUAUCUGCUGGGGUCCCUAUUGUAUAUGCUCUCUUGUAAAUACAUUCAUCGGUGAUUAUCAAAUCACAGUUAUCGUUAGUAAGUUUUUCUUUCAACUUGGCAUUUUAAACUCGGGGUUGAAUUGGAUUAUUUUUGGAUUAAAGAACAAGGAUUACCGACAUGCUUUCAAACAGAUACUAAAGUGCAAUAAAGAAGGAAAUGACACCUCUUUUACAAUGACGUCCAGUACGGAUAAACCCCGUGGUGGUGGACCGAACAGGUGCGUUAAUAAUACUGUCCACCCAAAGAUAUCCAAUACGGAUGAAACUCUUAACGUUGAGUCGAAGAGGUGUGUAACUCCGUUUCAGCCAAGGGCAUAUAAUACAACUAAAACUCGUAGUAUAGGGUUAAAUGGGUCCCCCAAAACUACUACCCAACCAAGAACAUCUAAUACAACUAAAACUCGUAGUAUAGGGUUAAAUAGUUCUCCUAAAACUACUACCCAACUAAGGACAUCUAAUACAACUAUAACUCGUAGUUUAGGGUUAAAUGGGCCUCCCAAAACUACUACCCAACCAAGGACAUCUAAUACAACUAAAACUCGUAGUAUAGGCUCAAAUAGGUCUCCUAAAACUACUACCCAACCAAGGACAUCUAAUACAACUAUAACUCGUAGUUUAGGGUUAAAUGGGUCUCCCAAAACAACUACCCAACCAAGAACAUCUAAUACAACUAAAACUCGUAGUAUAGGGUUAAAUAGGUCUCCAAAUACUACUGCUCAGUCAAAGACAUUUAGUACGAACAGGAGUUUCGAUACCAAGGGUCAAAUAGCUGCCCAGUCGAGGAAGUGA